UUAGCUUUUUAUUGGAAAUGAUACUUGUUAUUAUCGUAUAACCCAUGAUACAGUGAAAAGCUCAUCUUGCAUAUGUUCAUACAGAUCAAUCAUUACACAAUGCAUUGAGGGAGGACAAGGUAAACAAAAAUGACAGCACAGAAUGAAGUGUAAAUGCUACAACGUGUUGUUCAGCUAAACGAUAAAGUACAAUAAGGCCGGUCUCAGGAUUAUAAAUAAAAGCCAUUUUCAGCUGAAGAACAUCGAAAAGGAAAGGCAGUAAUUUCUCUGUCAAUGUGAUUUAUUGUUUUGCCUGCAAACAGGAGGGGCAUUAGGACCUGGUAGAAUCCUUCCAAGCCAUGACUUCGCCGUAAAUAUAGCAGCUUCAUUACAGACAUUCACUUCAGUGGGAGUUCAAGGCAGCCUGCACAGAGAAGCACUUCAAGUGCAAGGAAUGCCAUUGUUAUUUGCGUGUUUGCCCCAACAUGGAAUGUCGCUGGGACUGAGACCUCCUCCAGGUAGACUCACCCUUCCACAAGGCGUCACUUUUUAUUGGUGGAGCUUGUGGACUCUCUCUUCCAAUGCUUCAUCUGUGCAAGCUCACUGACUCAUUGUUCAUCAGCAACUCGCGGUCGGCCUGUGAUGACAACCUCCUCUUGGGAGAGGGGGUGACAUUUUGCAUCAAUGUGUCAAAGCAGCAGCCCUUCCCGGGGCUGAGGGUGGGCACCCUGCGCAUCCCCGUCUUCGACGACCCUGCCGAGAACCUUUACAAGUACUUCGACAGGUGUGCCGAUGCCAUCGAAGAUGCUGGCAGGGCCGGCGGCAGGACCCUGGUGUACUGCAAGAAUGGACGCAGCCGCUCAGCGUCCAUCUGCAUCGCCUACCUCAUGAAAUGCAGGCACCUCUCUCUCCAAGAAGCGUUCGAGCAUUUGAAAUCAGUAAGGCCAUCUGUGGAGCCCAACGAAGGCUUCUGGGCCCAACUUCAAAGGUAUGAAAGUGAGCUUCAGUCCAGGCAGAGUGGGACUAUUUCUUCAGCCAAUGGAUGAAUACUUCAAGAAAGACUCCUGUCCCUGAAUUGAGAUAGUUACUUUGAGAUCUGCUUUACUGAUAUUGCAAGUGUAAAUUCCCAAUACUGCAAGUAGUCAAUUAUGAAGCCUUAUUUUGUUCACAGGUUCACUGAAAAAAUAUUUGUUAUUAAGAUUGUACCUGGUCACAGUGAGUCAUGAUAUUGUGGUUCUACCAUUGCUUGUGGUUAGGUUUUAACACCCUGUGCCAUUGCAGAACUAUUGAAAUGGAACAUAUUUGUUGUUGAAAAGUUUGACCAAAGGACUUGUCGUGACAAGGUUGUAGAGCAAGAGAACCAAUGUAUUUUUUUUAAGCCACUCAUGUGAACCUGCAUGAAAGAAUGGUUUUCUUAGCAACAAUUUGUAAUGGUUCAUUAAUUAUGAAAUUAAACUCAGGAAACACCUAUUGUUACUUCAAGCUUCCAAUUUUUAAGUCUCUUCUUACAACCUUUCUUGCCUCUUUGCAUUUGACACAUGUUAGUUGGUAGCAAUGGUAUCUGAAGAUUUUAAUAUGCAGUACUCGAAUCUUUUCCUGAUUUAUACGUUAAGUCAUGUGUUAUUUGCUCUUUAACUCACAAUCUUCUCAAACAUUUGUCUCCCUAACCAGGUGUUCUCCAUAUUUUCUUCAUGAGUCCAUAACCAUUUACCACUCACUCAUUGUAUUAAUAAAUUAUUGCCUACUGAUCUGAUUUCUGGCAAAUUUUACCAGUUUCCAGCUUAUGUACCUUGGCCUUUAGUUGAAUUCCACAAACUAACAUUCCCUUGCUUUCCCAUUGAGGAAAUGGUAAUAUUACUAAAGGUCACUCCAUCAUUUCUACUGUGUCCAAAGUUGUAAAUGUCAUUCUAGAAUGAUACAAAGUUACAGCUCAGAAGGCCAUUGACCUACCCUAUUCAUGCUAGCUCUUUAGUAUGGCUGUCUAAAUAAUCCUGUCUGCUUUAACUUUUAGCUUUGCAAUUUUCUCUCCUUUAAGUAUUUAUUGACUUAAAAAGAUUUAAAAAAUCUUUUAGGCAAUGUGUUCUACUGAUAUUAACUCCAUGUGUGAGUAAAGUUUCCUCAUCU